GAGGUAGUUACAUUUUUAUUUCAUUUUUGGCCAUGUUAAGCACCUUUGAGGUACGAUUCGUGAUCUAAAGAUUUGCUACAUGAAGAAAUCCGAGAUAACCGUUGGGUCGAAAUGAAAAAAAAAAAAAUAAAAAUAUUAGCAUAUCAUUUUAAAUUUAAUACCUUCUCAGUCCAGAUGGUAAAUCGAUUUAAUAUGAAAACUACUCGGGAUGAUGACAGCGAGUCCAGUAACCUAACCGCACCGAACUUUAUCGAAGAUAAAAAUAUAGUCGGUAAGCCAAAUAUACCCAUAAAUAGAACUAAGGAUGGACUCGAGAUCUACGGUAGAAAUGUUCCAAGAGUUCUGGGAUUCGACGGUGUAAAGAUCGUUUUCGACCCAAAAGGAGGAAUCAUAGUGAAUGGUGAAAGAAAAGAAGGAUUCGAAGAUAUCAAAGAAAAUGGAUAUAUUUUUUUGCCAUACUUAGUAGAACUAGCCGGUUUUGGCUGUAGUGAGACAACACAAGAUAACCAAUCACAAACAUCAACCGAUAACGUAAACGAUCCAAGAAAUAUUGUAUGUCCAGAAGGUAGUCAAGAAGAAAGUCUAUGUGAAAACUUUCAGUCGGCUGGAGUUGGCGGUAGUGGGAAAACACAAGAAACUACUCGGGAUGAUGACAGCGAGUCCAGUAACCUAACCGCACCGAACUUUAUCGAAGAUAAAAAUAUAGUCGGUAAGCCAAAUAUACCCAUAAAUAGAACUAAGGAUGGACUCGAGAUCUACGGUAGAAAUGUUCCAAGAGUUCUGGGAUUCGACGGUGUAAAGAUCGUUUUCGACCCAAAAGGAGGAAUCAUAGUGAAUGGUGAAAGAAAAGAAGGAUUCGAAGAUAUCAAAGAAAAUGGAUAUAUUUUUUUGCCAUACUUAGUAGAACUAGCUGGUUUUGGCUGUAGUGAGACAACACAAGAUAACCAAUCACAAACAUCAACCGAUAACGUAAACGAUCCAAGAAAUAUUGUAUGUCCAGAAGGUAGUCAAGAAGAAAGUCUAUGUGAAAACUUUCAGUCAGCUGGAGUUGGCGGUAAUGGGAAAACACAAGUUGAAGAAGGAAUUAUUCCUGUGAAGGAUCCUGUCGUAGACAUGCCCGGCGAUAACACGAUCGACGGUAUAAAAACUGGUCCAACAGUAGAAAAGUGAAAAAAAAAGAUUAAAAUAAAAAACAUAAAAUAAUAAUAAAUUGUUGUUCAUACUUCUCAUUAAUAAAAAUACAUUUGU